GAGGGGCAAUAACGCAGUGCAUCAAACCGUACCUGAUCUAGCCUCGGCCCUCGGCACGAACUUUUCGAAUAAAUGUUAACGAUACGCCACAUGUACCAUGGUUUUAUUAAUUUUAAUAGUUAUUUGUAUAAAUUUUGCUCACAAGGCAGUAAUUAAAAGUUUCCUUUUUUGAGAACGGUUGUUUCCUUUUAUUACAGAAGUUUGUGACCAUGGAUGCUAAAUUUGGCAGGCAAAACAAACGUUUUCUGUUCUGCUGGAAAAAGUUCUUUCGCAAAAUGACAACUGUGUCUGACUGCCCUAAGUACUACGUCAAUCCGUUAGAAGUCAACGGAGUUGACUUGAACGAGGAUGGUCAGCCAUAUAGUCAGUGGUCAGACCUUCCAAACCUUAUUCUAGAACAAGUUUUCACUUAUCUAGACAUAAAAGAGCGAUACGCAGCUUCACAAGUAUGUCGUAAUUGGUAUAUAGGAGCUUUUUAUCUCCCAAAUACAUGGUCAACAUUUUUAGUAACUGAUACAACACUAACAAGACGGAGGUACAACUACUUUUUAGGAUGGCAGCAAGUAUUAGACAAUACACGAGUACCAUUCUGUUUACAAAAAAUUGGAGGCUACAUAAGAACUCUUAUUUUUGAUCGGAUGAUUCAAUUCCAGAAUCUGUAUGACUUCAUGAAUAAAUUUACUGAAUUUAAUGAAGCAUUUGGAUCUAAACUGCAUACCUUACGCUUCAACUUUUGUUGUGAUAUGGAUAUGGAAGAGAGAGAAAGACAACGUGUCUAUGGAACUGGAGGUAGCCAUUCACUAACAAUA